AUGGCACCCCCAUUCUCCCCUCGCACCUCUAGCUAUCCAACAGUCACGUUCGAUCUUUCUCGACUCUCGUCGUUGGAGAGCGUUGAACAGCUUACUUAUGAAUUCCAAGCAAUGGCCAGGAAAGAUAAUCUCGCCUCGAUAUUGGAAGACCUCCUCGAGGAAACCAAUAGCAAUGCCCUGCCUCUGGCCUUGUGUUGCCUCGAUCAACUGCAACAGUCCUGGAUUUUGGAUUUAUUUCCCAACACCGUCGACGCAUUCCCCGACUCUCUGUCCCAACGAUUGGUUUCUAAACUGUCGCGUUUCUUUCUUGCGGCGACACCAUUCUUGUCACACUGCUCUCCUCCUGCCUCUCGGGAUAAGGAGAUAGAAGCAGUAAAGAACAUCUUGGUUGAACUCGCGGCUCUUGAGUUCACCAAUGAAUCGACUACCAACAGCAAACCUAGCCAACGUGAAAUCAAAAAGCAGCGGAGGGCGAAUGCGAGGUCUAGAGCAGUCAACCCUCAGCCAUUCAAAGCCUUAGAUGUGUCUAUUCCGACCUCCGCUCAAGAGGUUGAAGAGUUGAAGAAUUUUAUUUUGACGCAACAGAAGUCUGUUCUGCAGUCAUACCUUGAGGCCAUUUGUUCAGAUAACUUGGCCCUUGCGGUCAAGCAGAAUUGUAUUGUUACGCUCUCAGAACCGGCUCUAGAACCGGUCGCCGACCCUGAAGCGGAGAAUGAGCUCGAAGUGAUAGAGUGUCCAACGAUGGAUCCUCAACAAUCGGUGUAUCCAAAGGUGCAGCCAUUGAAAUCGGCAUUACACUUUGAUUCACCUGACGGGUUUGGAGAAUUAAUCGUUAUCAGUGAAACCGCAGAAAAAGAGCUUCGGUUUCGCCAUAAGAAGGAGAGGAAGACUUUUGAUAUUAUCGUCAAGAAGAUCAAGGAGCUAUCGCACGGUCAUCUCUCUCCCGAUAACCACAAGAGACUCAAUAGGUCAGGUUCGGAAGCUGUCGUUUUCGAGGCGAAGAUGACUAGUGAUCUGCGACUGGUCUACCAAGUAGAUUUAGUACCUCAUUUUGACGGGCGGAUGCGUCAAGCGUUCAAGAUUUUUGGCAUCUUCACUCAUGCAAAGAUGGAUGACCGAAUGUGGGAUGGCGUCGGAAAGGGUUUAGCGAGCAAAAGUAAAAAACAUCGUGAACAAUGUGCCGUUCGACGUCCUACCCCCAACGCCGACGACCACACAUUCUCUCCUGCGUUCUUUCCUCCGCUUGCUGAGAUUUCCGAACUCACAGACAUAACAAAUAUGUUGGUCGAUGAGUCAAAUCUUGUUUAUUCGAGGUUUUUGAUGGCGAAGUAUGUGGCGCUCUCCCAGCCAUUGAUGAAUUGUAGGCAAUCCGAACUUGUCUCAGGACGAGCAACUACUGACUGGUCCUCCAACUCAGCGAUGCUUGCGGAUCUGGACGUGACGUACCCUCAUGUGAUCUCGGCUCAAGAGAAACGCAUAGUUGAACAUCCUAACUCGUGCUACGUAGUCGGAAGGAGCGGAACAGGAAAAACGACUACACUAUUAUUCAAGAUGUUAUUGGUUGAACAUACAUAUCGACUUGCAGACCCUUUGACACCCAAGCCUCGGCAGGUCUUCGUGACACAAUCACGAAUACUUGCGCAUAAGGUCAAAGGAUACUACGCUACCUUGGCGCGGGCCCUACAAAUAGCGACACAGUCGCCAAGUCAACUUCUUGAGUUGAAAGAUACGGUCUCCCCGGAAUUAGAUGACGCCAAUAUAGCCGUUGAUGACAUCCAGGAUUGGGAUCGAGAGCUUCCUACAAAGUUCAGUGAAUUGGAAGAGAAACAUUUCCCAUUGUUUGUCACGUACUCAGCGCUUUGUGGGAUGAUCGAAGCCGAUAUGGCGGACAACAAGGCCAUUGGUCAAGUCCGGGAACUUUCAAGCAGCACUUCAUACACGAAGACGGCGAGAAGAUGGAACUUGGUCAUCGAUUUUGACCGAUUCAAGAAGAAGUAUUGGCCACGGCUUCCGGAGCCACUCACGAAGAAAACAGACCCUGCUCUCGCCUUCAGCGAGUUGAUAGGUAUUAUCAAGGGGUCAGAGGCAACGUUAGGUCACGACCCACACCUCUUACCUCAAGCUGCCUAUCAGGCGAUUAGUCGACGAAAGUAUGCCAUGACUACUCUGGAUAGAGGGGAGAUGUAUGCCCUCCUCGAGGCUUAUAUGAAGAAGAAAAAGGAGGAAGGAGGAAAAGAUAUUGCGGAUAGGUCACACGUUAUACUCGAUUACUUUUCCCAAUUUGGGGUUCCGGGACAGAAAGUCGAUCAACUCUAUGUCGAUGAAGUCCAGGACAAUCUUCUGAUUGAUACACUGGUCCUGAGAGCAAUCUGUCUCAAUCCUGACGGUCUUUUCUGGGCGGGUGACACUGCUCAAGCAAUUUCGGCUGGGAGUUCCUUUAGGUUCAACGACCUCAGAGCUUUUCAGUGGAGGCUUGAAAAGCGGCUUGCGCAAAAUAUCACCACUCCUUCAUCCAGUCCUCCAUCUUCAACACUGGCAGCAAAGAAGGCAGAAAUAUUCCAGCUUGCUGUGAACUACCGAUCCCAUGCUGGAAUAGUUAAUUGCGCGCAUUCCGUCAUAGAUCUCAUCAUCCGGUUUUGGCCUGGCACGAUCGACAACCUUGCGCCUGAGAUAGGAAAUGUUGAUGGCCCCAAACCUAUCUUUUUCGACGGAAAAGGGGAUAACACAUCCAUCUUGAACGAGUACCUCUUCGGGGAUUCCGGCAACCGAAUUGAGUUUGGCGCUCAUCAAUGUAUACUGGUCCGAGACGAGGACGCUCGCUGCCGAUUGAGGCAGGAGUUGGGGCAUGAUAUUGGAGUGGUAUUGACCAUAUACGAAAGCAAAGGGCUCGAAUUCAAUGAUGUGCUAAUCUAUAAUUUCUUUGAGGAUUCCAAUGCCGAAUUUGCGCGGUGGAGAGUAAUUUUGAAUGCCAUCGACAAAUUCCCUGCCUCUCUUCCCAAACUUGAUAAUAACAAGCACGCGACCAUUUGGCUCGAGUUGAAAUUUCUAUAUGUCGCAAUGACUCGUGCACGCGAAAAUGUAUGGAUUGCCGAUGUCUCGAACAAAGGUGAACCGCUGAGGGAGUACUGGAAUAGCCGUGGUCUCAUCAGGAAUAUGACUCCGGGAGUCGACGCUCCGAAACUCGCCACCUCUUCGUCAACGGAAGAAUGGUUUGAACGAGGCAAACAGCUCUUCCGAGAUUAUAAAAAGUAUCAAGCAGCGAAACACUGCUUCGAAAGGGCUCGUGAACCGGACUACGUGUUCAUGACUGAUUCCUAUAUCUUGCACGACCGAGCGGAAGGUCUUGUCGAUCGUCGACACCGGAAGCCAGCUUUUCGUGAUGCCGCUGAAGCCUUCCGCAAAUGUUCCGAGAUAUUUCCAGCCCGCCGCUUGGAAUAUUUGACCAAGAGCGCUGACUGCUUCUAUCAAGCUGAGGAGCUGCUCGUUGCUGCCGAAAUUUAUGUGGAAAUAAAACAGUUUGAUAUCGCGGCGGAGUGUUACCGAGACCUUAGCAUGUUCGACGAAGCAGUAAAGAUCGUGAAGCAAGAACGGGAACGCUUGGAUACAGGACUCGUGAAUGAUAUCAUUCGCAAGGCAAAGUUUUUCUACUUCAGCUCAGCCGACUCCCUUCCUGCUUCAGAUCCCAAGCGACAGCUGCAUAUAGGUCAAGGGGUGGAUCUGUUCGAGGAUAAAGACCCGUUGGAGUAUCUCGAAGAUCGUUUUCUCGAUGGCGCCAGAGGUGAUGUUCUUGUCACCUUACACAGAUUCAAGGAGGCAGCCGAGCUUCAAUGGUCUGAAGGGAAUGUUUUUGAAGCGAUCGAACUGUUCUUGCAGGACCAAACUGAUUCGUCCUCUCGACGAGCUGGUGAAUGUAUUUUGGAAGCCUUAUGGCAAGAACUACCGUUUGGGCACCGAAACCGAGUUGUAGACCAAAAUUCGUCAAUCAGUCGGCUUCUGCACCUUUCCUCGAUGCUCAGUGCUGAGGUUUUGGGUGGCCAAGAACACCAGGAGCUUCUGAUGUUUCGAGUGCUUUCAUCGCAGGAUCCGAACAGGCAUACUUUCCGUGAGAUGGGACAGGUCUUUUUGGCAGCUCAAAACUUGCCUGCAGGAUUGCUCUGCCUAGACCAUUAUUUUGACAGUUCUCCGAUUUUGCGCGAUUAUGAAAUUACGUUGGACCAACUUGCGGAGGAACUGGAGGUCCUUCUACACUUUGUCGAGCUUUUGGCGUCUCAAGUGCGCAAGGAACCUACUGAGGAUCCCGAGUUAGCCAAAUUCUUUGGGGUUAGGAGGUCGAAUGGUAAUGUACACCGUCUCUCCCCACAGUCGCCGCUGUGUCACUACGCACAGCGCCAUGGUGCAGACCGCGUUGAAGGAGCAACUUCAGCUUCGGAACUCCACUCGUUGAUUCGAAAUAUUGUCUUUACCAGGUUGGCCUCCUUGAUAAAACAGACCAAUGAGCACUGCAAGAACAUCAAAGCUUUCUCGCUGUGCUUACCCUACUCGCGAGUUGGCCGUUGUAACCGAGUCUAUUGCUCCAAAGUCCACAUACUCGCUUCCGACAUUGACAGCAAUUAUUACACACUGCGCGUCAGGAUACAUCUGCAACAAGUAUUGCUUCUCACCAGAAUGCGAUACUUAACACGCGAAUGGCACGAUCAACGACGAUACUGGUUAAAACGGUUGUACGAAGCCCUUCAUCCUCCUCAUCAUACCAUGGGUGGAAUGGCAAACCUGACAGUUGAUCAACUGCCCGAAACACGGAAGGACCAUGUUGGGAGGAUUAGGUAUUGGAUCGAAGAAUUCUUCUACUCGCACAAGUUCUUAUUCUCACAAUCUUUUCUGUCUCUGCUCAUACGGGGUGCUAUCCUUGCACUUGAUGCAGCGCCAUCUUUAUCAUCGCUAGUAAAUUCCGACACUCUCGUUCACGACACAGAAGCAUCACGAUAUCUUUAUCGUGGCUUAUGGUCGAUGGAGACCCCCCCUCCAGAAUUCAUUCGAAGUGGUGGUAGUAAUGUGGUCCAUGAUUUAUUAGCUUCGCUGGAGGGGUCUGCAGCGCAAAGUCUGACCAAGGGGAUUUUAGCUGUUCGUCAUAUCAUUCAGAAGCAGAUACCAAUUGAAAUCUCUUUACUGUGCGACAUCCUCGACAGCCUUUGCAAGAAUCUUAUUCUUUCCCGUUUUUGCUACUACAACGGAUCAAACAUACACCGCAUGUCACUACCACGUAGUUGGCUGAUGACCCCCAUUGAUAUUGAGCGCUGCGGACGGAGAAAUUUUGGGUUUCUGAACGUCUUGAUUGAACCGGUGGUAGAUCUGCUUGCUCAGAUCUAUACAGGAGAGGAUGCAAGUUAUCUUCUUUAUGAAUCAAGCCAUCUAGCCUACCCUAUAUCUGGGGUCAUUCGCUCAGUUUUCAUCACCCGCGUCUGUCGUGCUCUUGCUUUGAUUGGCUAUAACUACAGGAGUGAUGACUUAAAAGACACGCUGCUUUCGGUUUACGCUUCCCUGCGAAGAUUUAGCCCUCCACCUCCACCUAAUGUGCCAUAUAGCUGGUAUGUUUACUCCAAUGCUUGGGGUGGGAUAAUCAACACCGUACGUCGUUCGGCGCGUGGAUCUCCAAUGGACGAGAUGGUCGAGUUAUUUCAUCGAGACCGUCUUCAACCUGAUGAACCUCUUUGGGACAUCCCUUUCGUUCGCCGUCUCGUCUACGACGAGUUGGAAAACGUUCCGAAACUCCUUCGACAGCUGCAAUCCGAAACAUAUUCCGAACGAACGGUAGUCGACGAGCCCCAAGAGCAAACCGUAAACGAACAGGUGGAAGAUCGUGCAGAGGCUCAAAAUGAGCCUGACGAUGACGUCCUCAAUGCCCCCGCUGUUUCCGAAUCGGUUGAAGAGGAACUCGAGGCCAAUAUCCCUAGUGAGGAGGAACUCCAGGUCCUAUCCAAGCUUCCUACUAUCUACAAGAAGAACCAGUUUAAACGUCGGGGAAACUGUAGAACCGCUAUGGCACAGCGUCGCAACGACUUCUUUUUGUCGUGUCUCAAGGAAUCAGAGAGGAUACCCUCGCUCAAGAUAAGUAUGAUAUACAUCACUUGGAAGUUUCCACCGACGGCGAAGUAUCGCAAGUUGAUGUUGGGUCCAUUGCCGCAUCUCCUUUCCUGUCUUGAAGUAAUCUACCACCAAUUACUGGAGCUCAAGAGCGCGACAAAGACCCGCCUUCAGAACGCUGGGAACCAUGUUCAGCUGAGUGAGCUCGAAACCCGGCGGACUUCGAUAACCUCUGCGAUCAAAAAAGUCACUUUCCUGCAGAGGACUUUGAGCCCGACAUCCCGGUUGCAUUCCGAAUGCAGCGAGAACAAACUGGAGCAGUACGUCUGUGACAUGAAAGAGUUGAUAUCCAAUGGCCUCCCUGUUGAUUUGAUUUUGACGACUGAGAUGAAGUAUGAGUUUGAGUUGGGAUGGAAUGGCACUGCGAGACCUCACCUAAUAUAUCCAGCGAAAAAGAGAUCCGAACUCAACACUAGCGACGUGUAGUGGU